AUGUCAUCUAAUUCGAAACCGAUCCAGAUCGAGGAGUUUAUUCUUGCAAUCAAGGAUCUCUCAGAUGAGAACUUGAAGUCCAUUUUGUCUCAAUUGGACAACUCUAUCUCCAAGCUAGUUGAGAGCAAUGAGACUCUAGCCCAGGAAAUUGAAACUACGAAAGAAGCAGUCUCUCAGUUGAAACCUGAGGAGUCUCAUGAAGAAUUGAAACAAGACUUGGUGCUAUAUACCGAAACUAUAGAAGAAAACAACGAAGUGAUAGCAAAUCAAAAGGAACGUGUUACUCAGCUCAACAUAGAGUUGGGACGCAGAGGGUUGAAAGAACCACCGAGCGAGUCUCUUGAUUCUAAGGCUAAGGAGUUAUAUUUAUAG